AUGGGGAAUAGGAACAAUGUUACUGAGUUUGUCCUCCUGGGACUCACCCAGAACGCUGAGGGACAAAAAAUUCUAUUUGUCACAUUUUUGCUCAUCUACAUUGUGACAGUGGUGGGCAAUAUGCUUAUUGUGGUAACCAUCAUGGCCAGCCAGUCACUGGGAUCCCCCAUGUACUUUUUCCUGGCUUAUUUAUCCUUUAUAGAUACUGUCUACUCUACUGUCAUUGCUCCCAAAAUGAUUGUGGACUUGCUGCAUGAGAAAAAGACCAUUUCCUUCAAGGCUUGUAUGAGUCAGGUCUUUAUAGAACAUUUAUUUGCUGGUGCUGAAGUCAUCCUUCUGGUGGUGAUGGCCUAUGACCGAUACGUAGCCAUCUGUAAACCUCUUCAUUAUUUGGUCAUCAUGAAUCAGCGGAGCAUGCCAGAAGGAAAGGUCUCACUAGAAACCAAUCCAUUUGACACCUUAGUCUUGGACUUCCAGCCUCUAGAACUGUAGCAAAAUGGAUGUCUGUC